UAUAACGAGAAUUUAGUUUGUAAUUUUGAUGUACGUACCGAACUAGUUAAUAUUUUAGUACAAAAUGGAAUAUAUAAUCUCCUCCCGUAGAUAUGACCCUGGAGAAUUGAUACUUAAAUCAAAACCUUAUAUGAGAAUUAUUCGACGAGAUCUAUGGGACAUCAUAUGCGCUUGCUGCUUGAAACGCUCCAGUGAAUUAAAGCGCUGUUCAAGCUGUAAAAUUAUGAAAUAUUGUGGAGUGACAUGUCAGAAAGAAGCUUGGAAAGACCACAAAUUUGAAUGCCCUUUCUUACCAGGAUAUGUUGAUGGACGGCAACAUUUCAUUGUACAGCUAGUUGGAAACCUCAUACUGAAAACCAAGGGAAAGAACUGGAAAAGUAUUACCGAGGAUGUGAAUGGACAAAGAUUUAGUUUUGACGGCUUGAAGUAUCAUAACUUUCCAAAAAUGAGAUUACCAUGGUUCAGAAUCGCCUUUAAAGAAAUAGAAACUGCUCUGAAGUCUUAUGUAGGGGAAGAAAAUAUGCCAGAUGAAGAAACGCUGCUGCAGUUAAUUGGAAAAGUGGAAUGCAAUUCUUACAAAUUUGGCGGCGACGAUUAUGACGGUUGGGCAUUAUUCAUUGGAGCCUCAAAAUUCGACCAUUCUUGUGUUCCUAACGCUAAUAUUCACUUCAGUGGGACAGACAUUCAAGUUAGAGCUUUUAAAAAGAUAGAGAAGUAUGAAAAGGUAACAUUUUCCUACUCCCCGAUGUUUGCUCUUUCUGAUGUGGCAACUCUGCAUUUAAGCAUGAAACAUUCAUUCGGAGAAGGUGGUUGCUACUGCGAGGAUUGCUCACAGCCAUAUGGACAAUCACUUUUAACUAAAAUCCUGGAUCCUGUCCGUGCCCUACCUAUCCUUGAAGAAACGGAAUCAAAUCUACUGCUAGCGGCUUUAAUGUCUAAAUGUAAAUAUCCUAUGCAGUUGAUUUCUCAAGAAAGAUUAAAUCAGCUUUUGAAGAAGCAGGAGGGUGUUCUGGGCGAUACGAACGUACUUCGAAUAAGAUUGUUGGCCUUGAAAUGCCUUCUGCUGGACGGAAAUUAUUGCGAAAUGAGAGAAGAAUUGAUGACACUCGCAAGUUGGGUGAAACUUGCUUGGGGAGAAUACUUUGAAGAACUUGCUGAGAUCUACAAAAAACUGAUUGAAAUAAACACAUAUCUGGGCGAUACAACAUCUUGCCUUUACUAUUCAGAUGAGUUAAUUCGUUUGAAGGCGAUUUGCAUUGGAAAAGAAAAUGUUAUGAAAGAAACAUGCCGCCAUAUCUUGAAUAUUCUGAAGUCAUCGCCUUUGAGUCUUCUAUAACUCUUCUUUGUUUUGUUAUUAUAACUCAGUUUUUUUUUUUUUUUUCAAUUUUGUAUC